AUGGCACCACUCGCUACCGCCCCACUCAGUGACAAGAUUAAUGACGCAAUUGUCCUCGCCCGAUCACCUGAACCAGAUAAGGAAGAUACGGAAACCAAAAUAGAGGUUCCUGAAGGGACGUCCAAUCCUGGCUAUCUUCGAGGGGCCAAGCUCUAUAUUGUUGUUGCAUGCAUCUUGGUGACGUUUUUGCUUGUCGCACUUGAUCAAACUAUCCUAGCCACAGCCAUUCCGCGAAUCACAUCUGAUUUUCAUGCUCUCGAUGAAGUAACUUGGAUCGCCUCAGUUUACUUUAUAACGCAGGCGUCUUUUAUGCUUGUGUUUGGUCAGCUCACCUCGGUCAUUUCAGGCAAACUUGUCUUUUUAGGCUCAUUAUUUGUGUUUGAGGUUGGAAGUCUCCUAUGUGGAGUCAGCACAAACGUGUAUUUUUUGAUUGCUGGACGAGCAGUUGCGGGAGUUGGGGCAGCAGGAAUCACCGUCGGCUCGCUUGCCAUUGGCGCAAUACUCGUCCGACUCGAAGACCGGCCCGUAUUCAUGGCCGGUGCAGGAGGAUGCAUGGCCCUCGCCAACAUCAUCGGCCCUAUCCUCGGAGGAGCGUUGGCAGACCACGUCUCAUGGCGCUGGUGCUUCUACAUAAACCUUCCCUGCGGUGCCGUCUCUGCUGUUGGUGCCCUGAUCGCCUUGUCCAAUAUCAAACCGUCUUCGGACGGUGAUGACAGGCCCGCGUGGCACCGAAUUGCCCAGAUGGACUGGGUUGGCGCGAUACUAUGUAUAGCCAUCGUUUCUUCUUUACUGUUGGGAUUGCAAUGGGGAGGAACAAGCAAACCGUGGGAUGACCCGACCAUUAUCGGGUUAUUUGUGGCUUUUGGCGUUUCCACUGUGCUACUUGUGAUAUGGCAGUACUACCUUGGCAGUCGGGCUAUGAUACCGCUUAAAGCGCUUAUGCGCCGGACACAGAUAGGAUGCUGUCUUGUAGCAUUUCUAGCGUACCUCCAGUUGUUGACGUUGACUUAUUACCUUCCGCUUAAUUUUCAGAGCGUAAAGGGUCACAAUGCAACCCAAUCCGGCAUUGAUUUGCUCCCUAUCGUUCUUUCAAAUGUAACGAUCACACUUGUGGGAUCGAUCAUAGUAAAAAAAACAGGCUACUUUCUCUACUGGAUAUUCAUGGGCGGAGUAUUCCGCGCGCUCGCUGGCGGACUUCUGUUCACGUUGACCAAAGAAUCAGGAACCGCGAAACUCAUCGGGUAUCAAAUAUGUGUUGGCUUAGGAGGUGGUAUGACGUUGACAAACUUGCUCGUUGCGGUUCAGGCAGAUGUGGAGCAUGAAAAAUACGUACCCCAGGCCACGGCGCUGGUAACAUUCAUACAAUACAUAGGCGGAAUAACAGGCCUAGGAAUAGGGGGAUCGAUCUUCGCCUCUAAACUGAGACAAAACCUCGCGAUCUACGCUCCUGAUACACCAGCUGAAUUACUUCUCCAGUCUGUGUAUGCGAUUCGAACGUUUUCCCAAGACGCGCAAGGUCCGAUAAUUGAGGCCUAUACCCAGUCCCUCAAGUGGACGUAUUUGCUUGGGGUACCAGCAGGUAAGGGGGUAACUAUUAGACACGGUUGCCACUCUGAUGCUAUCGCUGAACAAAGCGUGUUUGUCGCUCCUUGCGACGUGCUUGAUUCGGAACCGUAA